GCGGCGCGCCCGCGGGCCGCCGGCGGAGACAUUUGCGAGGCGAGUGUCUCCAAGAUGGCGGCGUGGGGAAGGAGGCGCGCGGGCCCCGGCGGCACCAACAGCGGCGGCGGCCGGGACAGGGUGACCUUGUCCUCCACGGACUGUUACAUUGUGCACGAGAUCUACAACGGGGAGAACGCUCAGGACCAGUUUGAGUACGAGCUGGAGCAGGCUCUGGAGGCGCAGUACAAGUACAUCGUGAUCGAGCCCACGCGCAUCGGGGACGAGACGGCGCGCUGGAUCACCGUGGGGAACUGCCUGCACAAAACAGCCGUGCUGGCGGGCACCACCUGCCUCUUCACCCCCCUGGCACUGCCAGUAGAUUAUUCUCACUACAUCUCCCUGCCCGCUGGAGUGCUGAGCGUGGCUUGCUGCACCCUCUACGGGAUCUCUUGGCAGUUUGAUCCCUGUUGCAAGUACCAGGUCGAGUACGAUGCUUAUAAACUUUCGCGCCUGCCCCUGCAUACGCUCACCUCGUCCACUCCCGUGGUGCUGGUGAGGAAGGACGACCUGCACAGAAAGAGACUGCACAACACGAUAGCACUCGCUGCCCUGGUGUACUGUGUAAAGAAGAUCUAUGAACUCUAUGCUGUAUGACUUCAGCAGGGAAGAGAGAAACCCACAAAGACAAGUGUAUUAAGACUCCCACAGUAACAUUUUUGUUUUUCCUCUUUGAGAAGCGGUGGAGCCUGGGAAGGAUUUGGUUUAAUAGAGCUGUUAUUUUUCAAAUAACACAUCACUGGUGCACCAAGGUUUUUCAGUUCUUUGUUACACUUGAGACGUGGAUGUGUGGUGACUUGAGAUCCGUAUGUUAGGCCAGGGGAGUCCAAUCCAGCAGCAGAAUGUCAAUGAAAGAAAGCAAUAGAAAGAAGGGGUGUGAGAGCUGCUUUUUUUCUUUUUUUUUCUUUUUUUUUCUUUUUUUUUCUUUUUUUUUCUUUUUUUUUCUUUUUUUUUCUUUUUUUUUCUUUUUUUUUCUUUUUUUUUUUUGGGGAAACAUUUAAGUAUAUUGUUUAAUUGUAUUACACAGAACCAGCCAGAAGUUAUCAUUGACCAUUAAAGGAUGAGAAUUUGAAAUGCUGAAGCUCUCUUGUCACUGUUAUCAUAGUGAUACCACUUUGUGUCCACGUACAGACACAUUCUGCUCAGUACUUGUAUGAGUUCUUCCUAAGGUGGAAACAUCUCUGAAAUGCCUUGAGCCAUAUGCAGUGCUGGGGGCUGCCAAGGUGGGAGCCUACCUGUCCUACCUCUGGGCUGUGCCCUGACCACACAGUUUCACUGCUUUUGCCUGGAACACAGGAGCUGCCUACUCCUACUGCAAGGCAUCCACGUGACUGCAUCUUGUAACUGUGUUACCUGAAAUUUUAGAAUUCAGUCCUGUGCAUUAAUUCAUGUUUUAGCUCUAAACUCAAAAUCUUGUUCUUAAUAUGGGAAGCAUUUACUCUUCUGUGAGAUCUGCCAGUUAUUUUUAAAAGAUAGGGUCUUGCUGUCUCUAAUCUCCUCCCACCACACGGAGAAAUAGGUGUGGCUGCCGUUGGCAGGGCCAGCUUGGCACAGCUCCAGGUGUUACAUUUGGAAUAGGAGAGCAAAGGCCUGCAGUGAGAAGCUGCCUGUGCACUGUGUGCUCCCUGCCUCAGUGGGAGCUGCAGCGUGACCUUCACAGCUGAAACACCGACCUUGGAAGGGGUCAGACCCCAGAUUCUGCCUUUCUGCCUUUAUCUCUCCAAAUUGCCACAGCAAGCACCAAGGACUCCUCCCCCUGUCCUCGCUUCCAUGGGCUGUUCUGACCACGGUUCUGGCUUGUGCUUCUCUGCUGGGGCAGUUUUUCUGUGAGCAGGGCAUGCAGCCCAUUGUGUGUGUGCUGGGCAAACUGGGUUUGAUGGGUGUUGCCAGCCCUUAGCACCAGCACAGGCAGCUGUACUGAGUGGGCUGGAGGAGCUCCAGUGGCAGUGAGACAUUUCUGGGUGGCAUCAGCCCUUUGUAAAGUGGCUGAACUCUUUCCCUCCAAGGUUAAAAGAAGCUGGGAUCCAGAGCAUCUAUUUAUAGCAACAAUGUACAGUUGCCUUGGCAAAGAAGUGCAACUACUUCAUCUUUCAGUAGUCUGGGCAGGCUGCCCUUCCACCCUGAUGUCUUUCCAGAGUCCCUGCUGGAUGGAUUUGAAGCCAGUGGCACAUCUGUCACAGCUAAUACUGCUUAUUGCUGCAGAAGGCCCUGAAAUACCUUUGUGCUGCCCACACCAAAGGCAUUCCUGGUCUUUUUUCACUCAGUGCAGAAUGAUUCUCAGAGCUAUUAGUUCCCUUCCUGCAACAAACCUCUGGGGUCCUGGUACUUUUUUGUGUUAAGCUUCCCCUGGUCUGGAAUGAUCACUGUGGCAGGUUCCUUAAAAGCAUGGCUGGCAUCAGAGACUUGAGUUAAAAAUUACCAAGUUUCCUGGGGUCUCUUACUGCAGGAGGAAAGGUGAAAAGUCAGCUUAGCUGUCACAAUGGGUAGGUCUGAUUGAAAAAACAGCUGUUACUCCAUUCUGAGGUGGAAGGGCAGAGGGGCUUGUUUUCCAAGGAAUCUCAGUGAUAACGUAGCUAAAAUACUUUUUAACAUUCUGGCUGUUAGUCAGUCAGGGCUGUAACUGUGCAGGGUGACCUGGGAGAAUGAGAGGAGUCUUGAGGUGUAUUUUAGUGCACAGGGAAAUGGUAAAACAACUUCCAGAAAUUCUCAUGCAUGUGAAGUGGUGCUGUAUCUGCUGUCCCCAGUGCCAGCAGCUCAGUGGAAUCACCAGUGGCUGAAGGGACAAACAGUGGCUGGGGACAAACCUCUCUUCAGAAGCCCCCACGCUUUGCUGCCCACCCUGCCAAUUGUGGACAUGCUCUGGAGUGUGCAGCAUUCCCCUCAUCCCAGGGAAUUUACUUUCAAAGGGAAUGGGUGCACUCUCAGCAACCUCUGCCUUGGAGCUGUAGUUCCCACAGCAGCUACAGUAACCCCACACAUAAUUUUUCCCUCAGGCCUGAUGUGUUUCACCCUCAGUGCCCUAGAUGGGAACACAGAAAUGCAAAGCAGCCCCUCGGUCCUUCCUGGGUAGCCAUGACCUGAAACACCACAACAUGGAGCAGCUGAACAAGCCUUGCAGGAGCACACAUUUCACCAAGAAACUGAGGAUCUGAGCAUGGGAAACAAAAGGAAAAGCACAACUAACACCAAUACUCCCCUUGUGGAGAGGCAGAGAAGGUAAUGCCUUGCUUUCCUAUUUUAACAGGAAAAAGUGAAAAAGGAAAAAAACACCUGAAAGGUUCAACUUGUCAGGCCAACCCCAAGCCUUUCUGUGACACAGCUGCAGCCUCAGCCACAGGGAAGGUGGCAGAGGAUAGAUGUCCUGACAGAGCAGCAGCAUUGUCAUCACUGAACACAUCAUGGUUCUCAAAGAUCAUUUAUAAAUCUGUACCGGUUAAGAAAAGGCUUUUGGAAUGAGAAGGUCCUUUUGAGCCUGCACACCUGUAUCAGAGUUUGUGUGACUAAUCCUCUGUGUGGAUUCACACUGUGUAAGCUAACAGGUCCCAUAAAGAGGGCUGGGAUAAAGCAUGUUGUUCUGCAGCUACUACUGGUACAACAGCACCUUGCAGGGAUGUAAGUAAAAACAAAAGCCUCCUGCUUUCUCCUCCUUUUAUGCUACAUGCUGUGAGGAGCUGGAGUAGACCAAGGGAUUAAUUUCAUAGCAAUGUAAUUUAUUUGUCAUCAGAUGUGCACUGCCAGGCAGGACAUGUGAGGCAGGACACAUGGAAAAUGCUGACAAGUGCAUGGAAGUGGCAGGAGGGGUGUGGACCUUGGUUUCUACUAGUAGAGUUUAUUUCAAUUUUAUUUCUGUCCCAUCUCUCUGCAGCAGUUCAUUUUCCCUAGUGGUGCUGGUAUCCCUCACAUGAGGAGAAAGGGUGAGGAAUGGAACAUGGCACCCCUUCAGGCUGUCAGGCUCCCUGAAGUGAUACCUGAACACGCAGGUAUCAUUCUCCACUGGAUGUGAUCCUAAUUAGCAUCUGUGAUUGCUUUAAGGCAGGUGAGAACAAAGGGUCUGUCUCCUACACUCUGCACCCUACACACCUGGAUUCUUCUCCAGUGCCAGAGAGUGCCUGGCAUCCACAGGAUCACACCUGCUGUGUGCUGCAGGUGGCCCAGGUGUGCUGCUAUCACCUGUGCAGUGUGUCCUGGCAGCAGCUGCCUUGCUGUGCUGUUCUACCUGUUCAGUG